AAAAACACCUUCCUUGCGUCACGCUUUCUCCGCCCUUCUUCACCAAAUUCCCUCUCCACACCAUUCUAUUACCCCCUUCUUCCCUUCCUCUUCCCUGCCAAAAGGGAAGAGCAUUUCAUUCCUCUACUCCUUAUUAAAUCCAUUUAUGGAUUUAACAACUCCACCGCCUUCUCCUGGCCGGAGAUCUCAAGUGAAAAUAAGCUCACAGCCCCGCAGCUCAAAAUGGUAUUUGGAUUGGCAGUUGGAGCAUUGUGAAAGGGAGACCUCAACUGGUGGCCUCCUCCAGAAUUGUGACCUUCCACCUCCCCUCAAGGUCUUCUCAGUUAAGGGAUAUGAUGCCAAGAGGGGGAUUGGAGGCAUCAGCCCUGCCAUCCCAGUACAAAAACAAGCAGCCCCAACUCCAGCACCAAUCAAGGAUGAUCAAAUGGACAAUGAACUGGGAUCGAAGCAUGGAGGCAGCGAGAACUCAAGCGUGCUAAGAGCCCUGCAGCUCUCACAGACACGAGCACGGGAAGCCGAGAAGGCGGCCUUACUUGCGAACAAACAAAACAAAGAGUUGGCUGUGCUGAUCUUGGAGGAGUCGUCGAGACUGUAUGCCCACCGGCAGUGGGUGAAGCUGCUCGAGAUCGAGGUCUCAAUGCUAAAGAAGAGGAGCUCGAUGAACCUGAAGGAGGAAGUGAUGGAUGAGGAUGAUGCAGAGCCUGCCGACUCAUGGUUUUUGGCUUUGGCCUUGUGCUUGGGCAUUGCCAGUAUGGGGUUUGUGCUCAGCCGCUGCAUGUUUUGAUAUCUCCAUUGGUGUGUCCAUUGAUUUGCAAAAAUCAGUAGAUCUCUCAUUACAAAGGACUUAACCAUGUACAAACUCAAAAAACAGAGCAGAUCAAUUUCAUCUCAGGAUCAUUUAUCAAGUCAAGAUUACUCAUAUGCAUGAAGAGAGGGAAGAUUGCUAAUAGUAUGAGAUCGGAAGGGCCGAUGAU